AUUAGUGUCAGUCGAGUCGACAUAACCUAACCUCUAUUAGCGAUUAAUUUGCUUUGUGAUGAACUAAUUUAGAACUGUAUGUAACAAGAAUCAUGAAAGAUUUAUAGCAAGAUUUGGUUUUAAUUAAUACGUACGAAGAUAUACAUUUAAACAUGGCAAAUUCCAAUCUUAAACUUCUGUGUAGUACCCUGAGCAAACUAAAAAUAAGCAAUGUUGCCCAACGGCAACAUUCUUACUACCAACCUCCGAGAUACCGCCCUCCAUACUGGUUCGCUCCUAAGGAAAGAGUGAUGAGUGAAGAUAUGCUUACCCAAGAAAAUAAACAGUUCCUUGAAGAAAUUCGUCAGGAUAAACUACAAGCUCAAGCAGCUUUAGAGUCGCCCUUGUUGAACAAUGAAUUUGUGCCUACUGCGCCUUGGGACCCAUACACUAGGCGUGCAGGACUCAUUGCUCGCAAAAUUGGCAACUACCCAGUUUGGACAAAGGAUGGAAAGAAACUUCAAACAACUCUUUUACAGGUUGUGGACAACCAUGUGAUCAGAUAUAUACCACCAGAAGAUUUCACUCCCAUGGUAACAAAAAAACCAGUUUGGAAAGAAAAACGAAGACUAGGUAGUCUACUGAUCGGUUCAGAGACCAUAGACCCCACAACAGUCACAAAAGAUUACUGUAGCAAGUUUGACAGCGUUGGCAUGCUGCCAAAGCGACACCUGUGCAGGUUCCUGGUCUCUCCACACGCUGCCCUUCCGACUGGAACCCCGUUGACGGCAACCCAUUUCAGAGUUGGGGAUUAUGUGGAUGUUAGAGCUAAAACUAUUGACAGAGGUUUCCAAGGUGUUAUGAAGAGGUGGGGAUUUAAAGGAAUGCCUGCAUCUCAUGGAGUCACGAAGACCCACAGAAGGCCUGGAAACAUAGGUGCUGGUGGAGAGAAGGCAAGAGUAUGGCCAGGUACCAAGAUGCCGGGACAUAUGGGCAACAGUUGGAGAAUUCUACGAGGCGUAAAGAUCCUUCGCAUCAACACGAAACACAACGUUCUCUGGAUGUUGGGCGUGGGCAUCCCCGGCGAGACGGGCGCCAUGUGCUACGUGUUCGACACGGUGCUCCCGCUGCGGAAACACAAGACCCCGCCGCCGUUCCCCACAAGCCUGCCCACCGACGAUCUACCGCUGGAAUACUACGAUGAAUCGAUCCAUCCGUUUGACGAGCCCACUAUUACGUUUGAAGAAGACUAGUGGAUAAGCAUUUAUUUUAUAUAGAUGAAUAAAAUGUUAGUAUUUGA